UACCCUUUAUUCUGAGUAGCACAGGGUGGCAGCAGCUCCCACCUCAGCUUCCACUCUGUUUGUGGGCUAAAUGAAUAUUUUGUGAAUUAACGCACAUGUUAAACGUCAAUGACACCCUACGGAAUUUAAAUCUCAAUCCUAAUGUCUGCAUGUGUUAAAAAAAUCAGGAAUCGGGUUACGUAUAAAUUUUAGUACAACUUAUAGUCUUCUGUCAACUAUAUCUUGUCAAAUGGUGACUCAAUCAGAACAUAUAAUACAAUAUCUUGCCAAUCCUAGAAAGGAAACUUCUUCCCAUGGCCAGGCCAUCUACAAUACUUUUUAGAUCUGUCACCCUCUUUUCUUGCUUCCUCUACUGUUACACCAACUUUCCCAAAGUCUCUUGUCAUCACAUUCAAGACAUUUCUGUAGAGACUCUCUCUUUUCCUUUUUGACCUUGCAAGUCAAAAUCUUUCCUUUUUACUUUUAAAAUACUUUCCUUUUUGUGGCAUUCAAGUUGAAGCUGAAUAAAGGUGCAGUAAGAGCUCCACACCACAGAGGGCAGCACUGCCUAAAAUGCACGAGGCCUGCUAGCAGGGAGUUGAUGAAGGAGCAGCGGAACACCAUGUGCAGUGAUCCACACUGACAGUCACACCAGGUCACAGGUCACAGUCAACAGGUGGAAGGACAGAAGAGAAUCUGAGGCAAGGAGCCGUGUGACAGCCCGAUUAUCCAACAAAGAGCAGGAGCUCCUGUGGAGAUGACAUUGAGGAAACCGUAGCAGGACUCUGUGGGCUCUGGACAUGGGUUGCAGGAAAAUGCAUCUUUGGAUUUCCUGUGUUUUGCUAAGUACAGCAUCACUUUGCUCUGCUGAGAUGUUGGGCGCUUAUGGAGAAACAUGUCAAAGACUGUGUGCCUGCGAGGAGCGGGAGGGCAUUCUUACAGUCCUGUGUGAAAACAGAGGAAUACUAAGACUUUCAGACGUAAAGCCUGUGCACGUUUCCCACUACCAUCUGCUGCUCACUGGGAAUCAGGUGAAAAAGCUGUCCACAGAUGAUUUCGUUGAUUACAAAGGACUCACCAUUCUUCACCUGGGAAAUAAUGACAUAUCUGAAGUCGAAGCAGGAGCUUUUAACGGACUACAGGGAUUAAAACGAUUACAUCUUAAUAAUAACAAAAUAGAUGCCUUGAAGGAAGAGUUUUUCUUCGGCCUUGAGAGCCUAGAGUAUCUGCAAAUUGAUUACAACUAUAUCACUCACGUAGCAGCAAACGCCUUCAGCAGGCUUCGACAUCUGGAAGUCCUGAUUCUAAAUGACAACUUAAUAUCAUCGCUGCCCAUAAAUGUUUUCCAGCAUGUACCGUUGACUCACUUGGACUUAAGGGGCAAUCAGCUCAAAGUACUUCCUUAUUCAGGUCUGCUGGAGCACAUGAACGGUGUGGUGGAGCUACAGCUGGAGGAGAAUCCCUGGAACUGCUCUUGUGAGCUCAUAGCUCUCAAGACCUGGCUCGAGAGCAUAUCGUACACCUCUCUGGUGGGAGAUGUCGUUUGCGAGUUCCCUUUUCGUCUCCACGGGAGAGACCUCGAUGAGGUUUCAAAGCAGGAGUUGUGCCCGAGGAGAGCUAUCGCUGAAUAUGAGAUGCCAUCGCUGCCACAUAUGAGCAGUGAUGCGUACUACAGGACCACGUCAGCUCUGGUUACAACAUCCUUCACUUCAUCUGGGAUUGCCCGGUCGUCAUCAAGACCCACCAAAGCACCUCGACAGUCAGGAAAAUUAAAAUCCAGACCCACGGCUCGCGUUCCAUCUAAUAAGCCGCAGAAUUAUGGCCAAAUUAUUUCCUAUCAGACAAAAUCCCCCGUGCCUUUAGACUGCCCGACUGCCUGCACUUGCAAUCUUCAGAUAUCAGACCUGGGCCUGAAUGUGAAUUGCCAGGAAAGAAAAAUUGAGCAUAUAUCUGAUCUAAAUCCCAAACCCUACAAUCCCAAGAAGAUGUAUCUCACGGGAAAUUACAUCCCAGUUGUACGUCGAUCCGAUUUUUUCGAGGCGACUGGAUUAGAUUUGCUUCAUCUUGGUAACAAUCGAAUCGCUCGCAUUCAGGACCAAGCGUUUGGCGAUUUGACACAUCUGAGAAGACUGUACCUUAAUGGGAAUUUAAUCGACCACCUUACAACUGAUAUGUUUUAUGGACUGGAAAGCCUCCUGUUUUUAUAUUUAGAAUACAAUGUCAUUAAGGACAUUGCAGCCGAUGCCUUUCAGCACGUUCCCAAACUUCAGCUCCUCUUCCUGAACAAUAACCUCUUGAAAACAUUACCUGCGGGGACAUUUAAAGGCCUUACGUUGACCAGACUCAAUCUCCGCAAUAACCACCUGCGCUACCUGCCUGUCAGCGGUGUUCUCGAUCAGCUCACGGCGCUGGUGCAGGUCGACUUGUUUGAGAAUCCGUGGGAUUGCUCUUGCGUCAUACUCGACUUAAAGACGUGGCUGGAGCAGCUGAGCACGGGCACGGUGAUAAACAAUGUCAUAUGUGGCUCGCCCAAGAGGCUGGCCGGAGAGGAUAUAAGAUACAUUAGGACCUCUAAUUUCUGCCCUAAUAAGUCUGAGAUUGUUGCCUCCGUGAUCCCACCCUCUGAAGAAUCUUUCCCCGGCAGCACUGUCACCAUAGAAACAUCCCUGGACUCGGACACAGAACACAGUGCCAUUCCUUUAUCUGUGAUGAUUCUUGCCCUUCUCCUCAUGUUCAUUGUGUCUGUGCUCGUGGCUGCCGGGAUGUUUGUGGCAGUGAAGAAGAGACAUCAAAAGCGUUUAAAUGAGCAGAAUAACUCCAUGAACGCCUGCAUCAGCUCUCUCAACAUGGAGUACGGCCUGUACAAAAAAGGCACCAUUCCCAAAGUGAGAACAUCUGCGGGCCACGUGUACGAAUAUGUGCCACCGCCCACAGAAUCCACAUGCAGAACCGCUGCCCACACCCCGAUGGACAGCAAAUCCGUGGAGGGAUUUCGAGACUUUGACGAGCUGAGCUGCACUUUUCUGGGCAACUCAGAUGAAGAGGCAGUCAGUAAUGUAAUAAGCUCAGAGUACAGUGCCCCCACUCCCGAGCCUCUAAACAAGCCCUCCACCCCGCACCGGGAUGAUCAAUAUUGCUACAGAGACGUACUUGAGCCAGACAAGCCUGGACGCUACAGCAGUACACUACCAUGCAGGCAUACAGCGCAGUCAUCAAGUCAGUUUACCUCAGACUGUGAUGCAAGGCAUCAGUACAUGCAGCCGGAGAGAAUACAACAGACUGUGUUCUAUUGCACAGCACCGAGUACUGUAUACGUGAAGCCCAGCGGGAGUGAGUACUGGGAACUUAAAGCAAAGCUUCACAUUGAUCCAGAUUAUCUUGAGGUUCUGGAAAAAAGAACCACAUAUACACAGUUCUAAGAGAGCUGGAGCAGGUUGUUCAUGACUGCCAUGAUAUCUUCUCACUUUGAUUACUGUACGUGAGCGGCAGUGAACAUUUGUGAGCAUCGUCCACCACAGGAGUGACGUCCGAAACGCGAGCACAUUUUUCAUACAUACAUCUGAGGCUGUAAUAUUCACCAGGUUUAGGUUAUUUAAUCACUGAGACAAAAAAAUAUUUUAGUUUGUUCAGCACAUUCAGCAGAAGUUCCUGUUCUUUUAAUCUUUUUACAUCAUUUUAUCUUAAGAUGUUGGACAGACUUCAGCUUGAUCAACACCCAGUCUUGCGUUGAUGCUCCUCCAAUCCUCUAAUAUCCAAUCUUGACACAUAAACCUGUUACCAGUUAACAUGAAAAUUGGAAACCUACUGGAAAUUUGAACCGUAUUGACAGUUUGCUCUAACUCGUAGCCCCAUACAGGUCCAGGCAAGAGCUGUGACACUGCCAGGCCAUGUUCUAUUCUUAGGAGAUGGAGGAAAAUAUAGAAUAUAAUUGACGUAAUAGGUGACAUUCAGCAGAAUCUUGACGUCAGUAACACGUACCUUCACUGAUGUGAACAACCGUAGACAAUUCUACCAUCAGUCACAGUUGGUAAUGAGUCACAUCCACCACACGGUGUUUCUCUGUCUUUUCUCAAUUCUCGCUCUCUGUUCACAGAGAAGACGUCACAUGGACAGGAUCACUUUGGAUUUAAACAGUUGGCCCCAGUUUACAUCAGUUUAGUUUACCUCAAAUUUUGUGUAGAAUCUAUAGCCUUGCUCUCCUAAAUAUUUUGAAUUAUUAUGAAGACAACAACUCUUUUCUUUGACUGUAGUAUGAAAGUGAAGAACCAAACUGUAAACUUUUUAGUUUCUUUUUGCAGUUUUAGCAAAUGUCCCAACAAAUCUACCAGCGUUUCUGAAAGAAGAAAAUAAAAAUCAGCAUUUUUUUUUCUGCUUUACAUUAACUAAUACAUUUGAUUUAAUAAUUAAUAUCCUGCCAGUAAACUGAUCUGUGAACUAAGCAAAAGGUUGAGACAAAUGCUCACGUUGCCUUUACAUCGCUGGGGAAAUACAGUACCGUGCUCUCAUGGAAUAUGGAAGAUUUUAUAUACACAUUUAUUCAGCCAGAGCGCACCUCUCUGGGUGAGACCCAGAUAUCAUAAAACAAGUUAUAAUGUUACACCUCAAAUCAAAGUCUAUGAGGCCCAUAAAUCCAGUCUGCUGCAUAUACAACAGGGUAUCUGUGUAAAUCUGUGGUGUUUCCCAGAAUCCUCCCCAUCUCUUCGCCUGCUGCACUUUGUAUUAUGGACACAUGUUGCACUCUGUUGUCUUCAUUAGCUGUGAUGUCACAGUACUCAGAAAUGUUGUAUCUAAAAAAUAAGAAUGAUAUUAACAAUAACAAUAAUAUAAGACGUGUUAUUAAACGGGAAAAAAACAAAGGUUUAACCCCGGGCAGCUGCAUUAGAAAACUCUUUUCCAUGAGCAUACAGUAUAUGGUUAAAAACCACACUUGAUGUUAAUGUUCGUAUUAAUGAACAGUAAUGAGUGUCUUCAUUUGUGCCACUACCAAAGCCCUUCAGAAAACAGACGAUAAAAUAUGCAACUCUAAUGGCACAUUAAAAACCGAGGGAGAAUGCAGUAAUGCAACAUUACGGAUGGCAACCGCCGUAAAACACCAAAGAAGAUAAAGAACACGGGUACAUUAAAACACAGGCCCGUGUUAUAUGGCACCCUCACAACCUCCGCUCUUUAUGAUGUCUGAAAACAUCUACCAUUAACUCCCCGUUGCAGUAUGCCUGAGUGGAUCUACAAUACCACGAAAGUCGAAUGCGAACCCGGUUUUCAGGAGAGAUGGUUGGAAAAAAAUGCAUUAAAAAUUGAAAUCUUUAAUCUGGUAAUGGCCACGAACCUUCAUUUCAAGGCCAUGCGGCGGCCGCAGCUCAUCAGGCGGUGGUGCAUUUCACCUGGAGUGUGUGUGGGUUUGAUUUCAGACCUAGUAGUUUAUAUGCCACCCCCUGAUUAGAUGGUAAAAGCUUUAGUGCAAAGUGCUUUGAGUGGACAUUAGGACUAGAUCGUCUGAAUACGACAGACUUUUUUAACUAGAUAUUCUUCAAAAGGACAAGGAAACAAUGUUUUGCCAAAAAAAAUAAACUGAAUAUUUGGAAAUUGAUACCUUCAUUUGACAGAGUUAGCACUGAUACAUGUUUUAUGAUUUAUUUGGAAGUUUUGAAGGGGGAAAUGUGCAGUCAUUUGGUAAAGAUCAGCACAUUUGAUUGAGCCGUUGAUGGACGCUGUUUUUAGACCCGACCUUGAUGACCCAACCUGUAUGCAGUUAACUCUGAUCUGAUUCAGUAACCUCACAGAACGCAGCCUGAAUGGCCUCUCUGUAUAGCCCGUAGGGAAACAUAAGUCAAGUCUAGAUUCUAAUGUAAUUUAAACUAAAAAAACUUCUUUUAUUUUUUUCUUUUGCAUUUUAGAAAACCAACUUUUCCUGAGUUUUUACAUCAUAAUUUUGAAUAUGUGCAAAAUAAUUUUUCCGUUUAUUUAGGCCUCAGCUACACACACACACACACACACACAGUGUAAAAGACUGGAUAUUUUUUAUACAGAUGGUUCCCUUUUCCUUUAAGCAAGAAGAUGCACUAUUGACUUUUACUGGUCAAUCUUGAUGUCACAUUGUGAAAUGCACCACAUGUUAACCUGUGCAUAUAGCCAUAGUAGUAGGUUGGAUGAGUGCAUACACACGACAUAAAAAAAGUGUGCAAAACUGUUGCACUCUGCAUAGAUGAGGAUUACAUAUUGACAAUCUGUUCCAAAUGCCCACAACACAUUGCUUGUUAAAUCUUCUUACAUGGUUCUAAUUUCACGUGUUGUCAUGGCAAAAAAACUGAUUAAAUUGGAUCAUACGGUAUUUAAAAUUGACAAUUAUUACACGGCAUAGUUUGUCUUAUCUUUUUUUUUUGUUUGUUUUUUGAAAGGACGUCAACUUUAAUCGAGCAAUUUGGCUUUGUCUCCAUUUCCGUAGUCUUAAAUAGGGAUUAAUGGUCACAUUUUAAUGGAGUGCGAGGGCCUUAGCCAUGACUUUAAAACAAGCACAAUAAACGAAAGCAUGACCUGAAUGACUAAUCAUAUUUAUGCAUGAAACUGUUGCUAUGCUCUCACCGGAAGGAAGCACAACAUCCAGACAUAAUGUAAUUUUACCAUUUUCCGGGUCAGUAGCCUAAACGUAGGAACGCGACAUGUGAAAUUAAACUAAUCGUUUAACACACACACACACACACACACACGGAGUGAGUUCAAAUCAUUCGUGGUAUUUUGAAGCAAACCUGUCAUCUUCGUUUAACUAAUUAGAGGAAAAUGCUGUGUCAGGAUCCACGCAUUACCACCGAAGCAUUAGUCACGGCGUUUAAUAAGGACGCCGUCUUGUUUCGUUGCCUUUCGCUCUUUAGACUCGACUCCUAAUUAUUAUUUCACUUGACCCGUUUCUGCUCUUUAAAUAGAGGAAAUGAAAUAUACACAGUGAUGCAUGAUGUGAACCUGCAUGCGUUUCUACGUCAGAAACGCGGCGAGUGUGGGAUUUGUUUUGUAUCAAUAUGUUGCUGUGUAAUGAAUAGGUGUUAAAAACACUGUAAACCUGCCAACAUGCACAGAUGGAUGCACAUGAAAUGUUUUCAUUGUAUAGACUUUCUGGCAUUUAGCUUGGUGCCAGUUAAAAUUAAACUUUUCUUCUCAUAUCUGGUGAACUUUUGUGCAGGCAAACUAACGCAGCCCAGCAAAUAUUAGGUCACUGUGGGACGAAAUUAUUCAGAGAAAGUAUGAAUUAAACAUUUUAUUUUAUUUUAUGUAUGAAUCUUUUAAAAGUUAGUGGUGGAAUGAAGACUGUAUUUACUGUGUAUAUAGGCAUUUAUAAUAUUGUUGUUUUUUUCUGUAUAUUUUAGCAUUUUUGACAGGUGUAGGGGAAUACAAAAGUAAUUUUUAAUUGUGAAAUAUCUACUUUGUUUUGUAAUUGCUUUUGUCACUGAUUUUAAUAAUGAAACUGUGCUUUCUUUUUUUUCUUUUGAAAUCUCAUUGAAUAUUCUCUGCCAGUACGUAAUCAGGUUUUCAAAAAGCAUAAACUUGCCUCUUUUUGCAGUAACACGGUCCAUCUAGGAAUAUGUGCUCAAAUAUGUCUCCAGUGUGCUGUUUACUUUAGUUGCUGGUUAGCUGAUGAAUAAAAGAUAUGCAUUCAUUUGAUUAUAAUCUCGCUUCUUUGUGCAGUUCGACCUUUUGUUGUGGUGCAGUGUAUGUCACGUUGCAGAUGGAGGACAAAUAGAAUAUGUUAUUUUUAAACAUUACUCAAAUUACAAAACAAAAGUGUGAUGUUCGGGCUGCAGCCAGUUUCAGGCUUUCCAUUAUCUCUGAUUGAAAUCGAAAAAACAUGGCUAAAAUAUACAAUCAGGCCUGCCAGUAGGGUUGGGGGGGGGGCAAAUCGGUCUGCUGACCCGGGUUCAGGCUAGAGGGGCCCCUCAUUAAACUAUGGAAAAGGCGAGAAUAUGACAUAGUUGUCCUAGAAAUACCUCUGUUUGGUGCCAUAUCCACCAAAGAUAUUUAGACAAAUGGUCAUCUCAUUUAGUGUCCAAUCACAGUAGUUGUCUGUGAACGAGGGCGAGGGAAGGAGUGGAUGUGUUGUUGAAGGGGGUGAGUCUUAAAAACAUUGGAUCAAGCAUCCCAAAGUGCACACGUGCAGAACAAACAAGCAGAGAAGAGGUGAUGAAGAGGGCAGAGGCGCAGGGUGGGGAGGGUUGAGACGAGGGUUGAGACGAGCGUCAGGACGACGUGUGACAGAAAGACGGCAGCAAGAGCCGAGGAAAUAAUGGUUAUUGAAGUUGGAAGCGAGACGGCGGCUUUCAAGUUAAAGAUAGUUGAGUGUUCUUUUAAGAUGCUGAUAUUUAUAUUUAUAGUUUGCUAAUUGCUGGUAUGAAAGAA